AUGCGGCAGAGGAGGCCGAGGGCGCUCGCCCCGGCGGCGGGGGGCUCCCGGCGGAGGGGAGGUAUCGGCGACAUCCCCGCUUCCACCAGCCUGCCGCCGCUCGUGGAGGGCCCGCUGCGCUGCUUCCUCCGCUGCACCGUCUCCCGAGUUCUAUGGACGGCCCCUAAGCCGCCCGCCGCUGCCGCCCUCGUCCGCCUGAGGUGGUGGGGGGAGACCUCCGACGGCACCGUCUUCCAGCCCGCCUCCCGGCCGGGGCAGCCGGCGGGGAGAACCACCGCCCGCUACGCUGUCCGCUGCGGACCCAGGCAGUUCGCUGCCUACCUGAGAGAUAUGGGUGUGCUUGUCCUAGAGGUAAUGACCAAACUUGACCAUCUUCCAAUUGGCAGAGUGCAAAUCACCGGGCUGUCCCAGCUCUCUCCCAGCCAUCCGAUCAAUGGGUUUUUCGCCGUAGUUUCACCAGCAUCUGAUAAACUAGGAGAGCUGCAGGUCUCACUAGUUCUAGAACCUCUGCCAGAAUUGUAUGACACCAGCACCUUUAUCCCAACCACAGAUGCAAGUUUAGAUACCGCUCCUGCUCAGGGAAGCAGCAAGCCUCAGUUUCUUGCUCCAUCACAGCAGUCCAGGCAAACACGGGUGACUAUUGCUGGCCAAGAGUCUGUUAACAAUAGCGGAGCCACAACUCCCAGAGGAAAGGACCAUUUGCUCUUUCAAGAGAACUUGGAAAACAUAAAGGACACUUUUUCUGCUUCUCAUCACCGUCUGAUUUUACCAGAUGAAUGUUUGAAAGUGAAUCCUUCAAACCGGCAAGUGUCGUUUCCCACCAGCACUGAUCCUGAAGCACCUGCUGCAACAAACAUGCGGGUGCUCUCUUUGCAUAACCCGGCUACAAAAGACCUGCUUUCAGCUCUUUUGGAUCAAGGCAAUAAACUCCGUGAUGCCAUGGUUGUUUCUGCAAUGAAGUCUAGCCCAGACAUGGAGAUUGAACUGAAUGAAGUGCCUCCUUUUAUAGAGAGAGAUGAUUUCAAAGCACCAGCAAAGAGCCCAAAAGGCUUGCACUCAAAUUUUGUGCCCGCUCCUGAAGAUCCCCAUCUCUUGGCAUCUGAAGUUUCAGGUCAGCAAUUUGACCUAAACUCUGAAGAGAGAGCAAUACAGUUACUAUUGGGCAGUGCUGAUUUAUCUCCUGUGCAUUUCUGGGAUCGGACAGGUUCCCUUUUGGAUUCUCUCUCUCUCGGGAGUGAGGUGUAUGACAGUGAACUCAAUGAUCCCCAUUACGACCAGAGUCUGCUAGAGAGUCUUUUUUACACAGCUCCUAAAUCUGAUUCCAGUUUAAGUGAUUUCCUCAGUGAUGAUGAUGUUAACUCCUCUAAAAAAGUAACCAAGACAGAAAGUCUCAAGAAAGCUGAUCCAAUGAAUCCACAGAAGGAUUCUAAUGCCUUUGAUCAGGAUCAGAAGGUGACAGAAAUUAAACCCAGCUGCUCUCCUACUAGACCACUUGCUCCUCCAGAAGAUGGCACAGAAGAAGCUCAUGUCACAUCCUUGAGUGCAGACAGGUUGGCAUUGCUGGAGAGAAUACACCUAGCCAGAGUCGUCAUUGAAAGCUUGAAAAUCCCUCCUGAGAGCAUCCAGAUUACACCAAGAAAGAAAGGUUUAAUGGGGAAGCCUCCAAGGCCUGCAUCAGUUAAUAAAUGUACCUUCUUUGUUGAGUACCACUUUCCUGUGGGAGCCUGCAAGGAUGAAAAAGGACAGGUCUCCAUAACAACAGAAGUAAUUCGAAUAGCUUCAAGUAAAAUCACAGAUGAUGUGGUGAAAUUUCAGCAGCGGUUUGUGUUCCCUGUCCGUUUUGGUGGAAUGAUGAUAGAGCACUGGUGGAGCUCUGACCUUGCUUUUAAAAUCUACAUGAGAAAAAGCACACAGAAAAAGCCAGUGGCCGUUGGCUCAGCAGCACUUCAGUUAUGCAAAGUUAUUCAGUCUGAGUUGCUCACUGUCAGCUCUGAAAUACCUGUGGAAAAAGAGGGAGGUCAGACACAAGUUGGACCACUAAAGGUAUCCUUAGAGCUCGCAGCCGACAACAAAGACUUCACCCGCACCGCUGCCAGGUCAGCUAUGGCUGUGCAGCGAGUCCCAGCCCAUGCUGUAAGAAGUCCCCGGCUGGAAUUCCAGGAACCCAACAGGAAGAGUGUAAAUGCAGAAAGCCCUCGCUGCUUGAAACUGAACAACUGUGAGGACUCACCGAAGACAGGAGCAGCCAGCAUAAACGUCAUGAAGCCACCGCAGGCGGUACCAACCUCUGUAGCCCGUAAUCUGAUGACACAAAUAACUGCAUCUGAAGAGGAUGGGUUGUUACUGCAUGUGCUGUUGAUGGUGCCCGAUGGAAAGGAUUUUGUUGCUGAAGGCUAUGGGCUCCACAGUUCUUGCAAUGUGUAUUUAAACUGCAAGCUGCUCAGCACUGAGGAGGCAACGAGAUCUGCUGUCAUAUGGGGCACAACUCAACCUGCCUUUAAUUUUUCUCAGGUGAUGCCUUUUUCGUUGACUUCCAAACACUUGGAGCGGCUGAAGAACAACGUCAUGAUUAUUGAAGCAUGGAACAAGAUGGGAAGCCCUGGCUGUGACAGACUGCUAGGAUUAGUGAAACUUCCUCUGCAUCAGUUUUACAUCUCGUUCAAAGAUCCAAAGAUUUCCCACCUGCUUCUUCAAGCUCAAUAUCCAGUGGUUGCUGUGGACAGCGAUAUGCCUGUGAUAGACGUUUUUACUGGCAGUAGAAGUGGAAGCCUGAGGGUUAUUCUGGCGAUGGGGUCAGCUGAUCAAAUAGUGGCACUGCAAAGGCUAAAAAAUGAAGAAGGAAUGGUACCUCCCGUCACACAGCGCCCUUCCCACUCUCUGGACCCUCCUCCUACAAAGCCCACAACGCAGUUAGACCAAGAAGGGGAAGACCUGAUGGAGCAUGUGUUUGAGAUCCACGUGGAGAGUGUGAAAGGACUCACUCCCUUACAGUCCACCGUCUGGGGAGAGGCUGACUGCUACGUACAGUACUUUUUCCCAGUUCAAGAGGCUGGUUGCGGUGCACUGCAAGGAACUGAAUUGCAUGAGGAUGGCAUCGAAUUAAAGCCAUUUCGCACAGCAACCACUUUGUGCGUCCCUGAUCCCGUCUUUAAUGAUGAGCAUCAUCAUUCUUUGUUGGUUCCUGCUGACGUGCCAGUCCAGAGGCUCCUGGUCAGUGCAUUUAUGGCACCAGGAGCGGCUGGAGGAGGAGUCCAGUUUGAAGUCUGGUGCAGAUAUUAUUACCCAAAUGUCAGAGAUCAGAUGGUUGCCAAAGGGACCUUGCCUUUGUCACGGCUAUGUGCCAUGGUAACUAUGCAGCAUCGUGAAGAAAUAGGGAUACAGACUUUUAAUCUUCCAUUGGUUCCCCGGACUGAUUCCUCAGAGGAAUUUCAUCUGCGGUCUUCAGGCUUGCUUGAUGUGAGUGUGAGAUACCAACGAUCCAUGAAAACAGCAGCAGGAAUAACUGCUCAAGCUGUUUCUCUUUCUGUACAAAUACACAGAGCAGCUGGUUUGCAAGCAGCAGCUAGAGCUGUGGCACAAAAGAACCCUUCGGUCCAGUACUAUGCAGGUGUGGGAGUUAAUGCUUAUGUGUCUGUGCACCUCUCCUUCCUACCUGAGGCAGAGAGACGCAACACACGAGCUGUGGCUCGUACUUUCUGCCCAGAGUUCGAGCACCACGCAGAGUUUCCUUGUAACCUCAUCAUUCAGAAAAGUAGCGGAGAAGCCUCUUGUCUGGGGGAACUCUUGCAGUCUGCCAAUAUCGUCUUCUCUAUCUACCAUCAGAGCACCAAGUCAGCCACAGAGACAUUGGCAGCUCGGGCAUCAAGAGAUUAUCUUCUUGGGACGGUCACAAUUCCAACUAGAGACCUGCUGAGAAGAAGAUCAGGAAUUACAGGCUGGUACCCAGUUACCCUAUCUGAAGAUUUAUUGCCUUCACGCUGCACAAACGUCAUGCAGGCCAUUGUGGGAGGACUGGAACUUUCUGUUACCUUUGCUCAUCAGGAUGACAGAGAGCGUGUUUUGGAGACUGCUAAGCUUUUAGGAUGGAACAGCGAGGAGAGCCACGAAGACAGCAUGGAUGAUAGCGACGAAUGGGAGCAGCGUGCCCAUCCAGUGACUGUGACCAUCUCAACUCCAAGAGUAUGGCUGCCAGUCCACUGUGUGCUGCUGGCAGGCCAGACGCACCUGAAUAAAAGCACUUAUUGCUACCUCAGGUAUAAGCUAUAUAACCAGGAAGCCACGUGGACUUUGCUUCGGAGGCCAAAAUUGAGUGAGGACACAAAGAACGUUACAGUGGACUUUAAGAAACCAAACAAGGUGACUCUCAGAAGGAGCCAAGGACUGCUUUGGUUCUUCAGAGAGGAGAAAUUAGAAAUCCAGGUGUGGUGGGCGUAUGGUAAAGAAAAUGAUGGGGAAAGACCACUUGAUACAGAUCGUCUUAUUGGAUCUGCCUAUGUCGACCUCGCAGCGUUAGCAGAGAGGUCAAGGACAACACUAAGCGUUAGUGGGGUUUAUCCAUUGUUCAGAUGCAAUGCUGCAAACCUAGCAGGAGCUGCUGUACGUGUUCACAUCGCCCUUUCUUCCACUUCUGCUGCUCUGCCCAGCAGACUUCACUGUGCUGAGGAAUACAGCAACAGUGAAGAUGAAGGCACAGAGAAAGCCCCUGAUCUGAGCCAAGAGGUCUCUGAAAAUCCGAGUCAGAAACUGGAUAUCAUAAGUUCAGAAAUCACCAGUGGCAAACCACAAGAAGAAGACGUGAUAUUUCUGGAAAACACAGUUGCUGUCAAUAUCCUUGUGGAAAGAGCAAUGCAUCUAAGUUUAAAAGGGAGUCCUUUGACGGAACGUGAAGUAACAGCACCCAGUAGCUGUGUAUCAUUUGCUGUUGCUGGUGCAGAUGCUCCAAUAACCACUUCAGUAAUCGAAAAUACGGACUCACCGGUCUGGGACUUUCAGCAACAAGCAAGAUUAUCCAAAGAGCUUCUGCUGGAUCCACAGCAAACCUUGGUCUUCAAAGUGUGGCAUAAAGCAGAGACUGAGCGAGUGAUAGGAUUUGCGUCAGUGGACCUUUCUCCUCUUCUUUCUGGCUUCCAGCUCGUGUGCGGGUGGUACAAUAUUACGGACUUCAGCGGACAGUGCCGAGGGCAGAUCAAAGUAGCAGUUUCCCCUCUUCAAAACAUAAAUAAUCUCAAAGAAGAAAGGCAGGCAAGGAUCCGGACCCAGCCACCAAGUUCUUCAGUGAAGGCCAGCUUUCCAACAUUUCCCAGUAAUGCUACGAGCUUUUCCAAGCAGGUGUUGAAUACUUUGUCAAAGGGCAGUGUUCCUACUCGAGAGCGCAGAAUUAGUUCCUCUGGAACACACGUGCCUCGUCAUGAAGAGCAUAUGCAGAACGUGCGCAGAUUUCACGAAUCCCUGCAGCAAGCAGAAGGGAACGCGCACCGGGCGGCAAAGAUGGACUCGUUAUCGCUGUCAUCACGUGCUUCUCUUCUAACUGCUCUCAGAAAAAACUUGAGUGAGCUGGAUGAGGUUCAAAGAUACUUCAGUCAGAAGCUGACCAGGUCUCUUCCUGACUUCAGUUAUGAUAACACAUCCAAACCAAGUCAUGAGGAGUGGGAGAGUGAUCAUCGGGGCUUGAUGAGUAGAGAAGUGGAUCCCAAUGCAUGCCAUCUUUUGGAAAAAUCUAGUCAGUUGGUGUCUCAGGUCAGCAGCCUCAUCAAUGACUUACAGACUAUGACUCAAAAUAGUAAAGAAUCUUCUAAUGUGCAUCAAGACAGCAGCAGAAAGCUGAGUGCUGCACAUGUACCCAGCCAGAAGGAUGAAGAAGCCAGACCUGAAGUACGUCAAGGCCAACUUGAGUUGGACUCGCCCAGCGUUUGCAGUGAUACACAGCAGCCAUGUUCUUUUGGGAGGUCUGUGUUUGAGAGGCACAUGUUGCAUGAAUUUCUAGACCAAGCUGUCCCUGAAGAUGAGCAUCCUUUGCCAACGGACUAUAUCCAGGAAGACGAAGGUGCUUUUGCCGUCCAGCCGCACAGUGAAGGAGAAUAUGAAGAAGACGUUAUAGAACCACGAACUCUUAACGAAAUAACAACCAUAACAGACAAAACUAGUCCCUGGUCCAGUGUGCUAUCUGAAGCGGAGCAGGGUGCUGACCAGCAGCCCAUAGACUUGAGGCCUGAAGAUCAGCGCUCGGUGGAUAUAGAUUGUUUCCGAAGAGGAAGCAGCAGACGGAGCAGCACCUUGUCCAGCGUACUACAGGGUGACAACCAAAGCAUGCUCACCGCCCUUAGCCCAUGCGUUAGCCUCCACGCAGACGAGGGCAGUCCUUGGGCAGUAACAGAAGGCUUUCAAAGCUUGAACAGCGGCACAGAAACAACGGAGAAGGAGCUGUUUCAGCCUGCUCAUUUGUCAGAAGUGCAUCAAACAGCCAACGGCCCUGUAGAAAAUGGGAAUUGUGAUUGGGAUAGAGCAUUUAAUACUAAACCUAUAGAGCAAAACGUAGGGUUUCGUGCAGCCUCCGAAGAACUACUGGAAUUUCCACCAGAUGUUGGUUUGACCAAUCCAGAAACCACAGAAAGAGAGAAGGAGGAAAAUGGUGAGGUUGUAAAUGAAGAUCGUCAAGACGAGGAAGAAAGUGGUUCCGAUGAGAUCUGUGUUAAGAGCGUAUCAGCCCAAGCAGGCUCGGAAGGAAAUGGUGAAAGCUUUUCUGAUGACAGUAGUGAAGACCCACUGGAAGAGUCAGAAAAGUCUGUCAAACCGAAAAUUGUUUUAUCUGAUCCUGUUGUUGUUCCCAACUUCUUCCUUUCACCCCAGCAGAUGGAAGCCUCCAUGAGACUGCUCAACAUUUCUUCUCAUCCUUCCACAGCUCUGAAAAAGCGGAGCAGUGCCGGGGGGCAUCCCGUACCGAAGGCCGAAUCGUCCCAGACCCACGGCCGAUCUCUCAGAAGAGGAAACCAAAAGAAUCGCCAGGAUCUUCUCUGCUCAGCUGUCCAAGAAGGAAUAGCGUUGGCGAGAGGCCGUCCGCAGCGGUGCUUCCCAAGCCGCGGCCUGACGCAUCGGCAAACGCCGGGUCCUCCAGGGAAGAGGAGAUGGAAGCCGUAGGUUCCAGGCUCUAUUUUUAAUUUGCCUAAUUGGUAUCCCGUUAGAGGGACUUAAAGCCUGGUGGUCAACCAAGGGGAGCUGGGAGACCGUGUGUCUUGCGAGGGCAGGUCCCCGAUGAGACUCACCGCUUCGGGUAACCGAUGAGCUGUUAUCUGGUCUCUAGAUACUCCAUUUUGGGAUUUAUUCGUGUGCAAUUUCUCUAAUUAACCUUUUUUUUUCCCCUGGAGUAAACACAAAGCAUCCCAUUUUGAGACAGCUCCUUUUUCUUCAACCAAAGGAUGGAGAACAUUAGAAAUUUGCCAUCCCAUCGGCAAGCAGAGAACUGUCGCCUCCCUGCCGGCCUGUGCUGUGGAUGGGGAGGGAAGAUGAGCUCCCUCCCCGGCGGCCUUUCAAAAAUAGUUGGCGGGAAGCACAAUUAGCUGAUUCUAGAGGAAUGUGUGUGCCCAAGGUGCUUGUGUAAAUACAGGCCAAGGACACUGUAAAAUACUGAUGUGUGUACAAAAGGGUUUCACUAGAAAUAUGGAACUUUUAUAUUCUAAAUUAUUUUUGUACAUUUUUCUGUCGGGUACCUUUUGGAUAACGGACUUCGAUGCAAACCGAGCUAAGUUAUUUUUGUACUGCUCUCCUGUGUUUGUGCUUCAAUAAAAUUCCCCUGGU